CCGGUGACGUAGAAACCAUGUGCAAUAGUUUCCGCAUGGCGGUGGUCAGAACAUAUUGAAUCUUAAAAUUAGCUACUUUGGUGGAAAACUUAAAGCAUCAACAUGUCCAGAUUCUUUAAAGCAGGAUCAGAUUCUGAGAGCGAAACCGAAUCAAGUGAAGAUGAUGAAAUCUUGCAACAAAGACCUUCAGCAGCUCCAGUACAAAGUCGAACGUUUCAAUUUAGUGAUGAUGAAGAUGAUUCAAGAAGAAUUGUCCGAAGUGCAAAAGAUAAAAGAUUUGAUGAGAUGACGAAUAUUAUACAACAGAUGAAAAAUCAUAAACAAAUUAAAGAUAUGGCUAAUGUUUUGAAUGAUUUUGAAGCAUUGAUAAAAGCUGCUGAUAAAGCCAAGAAGGUUAUUCAAGAGGAGGGAGUACCACGAUUUUUUAUUCGUUGUUUAUAUGAUUUGGAAGAGUAUGCAAAUGAGUGUUGGGAAGACAAAGAAUGGAGAAAGUCCAUCAGCAAAAAUAAUUCUAAAAGUUUUACAUCACUCCGUCAAAAACUAAAGAAAUACAUCCGUGAAAAAUAUGAGAAGGAAGUAAAUGAUUAUAAAGAGAAUCCUGAUCAAGGUGAUGAUGAUAAAAGAGAUGAAACACCUGCACCACAAGAUGAAGAAUCUGAAGAAGAUGAAGUGGAUGUACCUGUUAAAGCGCCUGUUAUUAAACCCAAAUUACCUGCACCACCUGUUAUUAAAAAACAACUACCUAAAUCUAUGGAUGAUGAUGACGAUGAUGAUGAUGAUAUUGAUUGGGGUUCAUCAGAUGAUUCUGUAGAAUCUGAUAUUGAUGAUGAACAGUUUGAUACUGGUAAACUUACAGCUGAAUAUUUCUUAAAGAAAUCUGAUUCAGGCACAUCCAAAAAGGAAAAGAAGCGUAAAGAACCAAAACAAACGAAAUUAGAAGAAACUGAUGAGGAAGGAGAUUGGGAAGAAGUUAAAGGCGGUGCCCCAUUGAUUAUGGAACGACCUAAAAUGUUUGGUAAAGAUCAAGAAAUCAAUGUGGAUGCUGUUUUAAAGAAGUUGUAUGAAAUAACAUCUGCUCGUGGUAAGAAAGGAACAGAUAGAAAUGAGCAGAUUGAACUAUUAAAAGAAUUAAGAGAAAUUGCUGAAACUAAUACUCUUGGUCUUGGUAUAGAUGUAAAACUGUACUUUAAUAUCAUUGGUGCCAUCUUUGAUUACAAUCCCAAUACAUUAACAUCUAUGAGAAAUGAUGUCUGGGAAAGUUGUUUGAGUUAUUUACAAACUCUAUUAAACAUAUUGAUUGAUCAUCCAGAAGUUAAUGUUGGUGAACAUAUAAAAGAAGAUGAUGAGAAUCUCACAGAAGCACCACUUUAUGUACGAGGCUGUUUUUUGACAUUAGUGGAAAAAAUGGAUGAAGAAUUUACCAAAAUGUUACAAAGCUGUGAUGCUCAUAGUACUGAAUAUGUUGAAAGAUUACAAGAUGAACGUCAAGUUUGUGAUAUAUUAGAGAAAACAUUACGCUACCUUGAAAUUAAAGGAAACACUUUGGAGAUUUCUCGUAUUUAUUUGAAGAGAAUUGAACAUCUUUAUUACAAGUUUGAUACAUCUUGUGUAUAUACAGGUGAAAAUGAACCAAAGAAGGAGGGUACAUCUGAACAGACGAUGGAUAAAUUGUGUAAAUUUUUAUACACAUCUGAGACACCAGAUAGAUUAAGAACAAGAGCUAUAUUAUGUCAUAUCUAUCAUCAUGCUUUACAUAAUCGCUGGUUCCAGGCUCGUGAUUUGAUGCUUAUGUCUCAUUUACAAGAUAAUAUUGGUCAUUCUGAUAUUCCUACACAGUUGUUAUAUAAUCGUACAUUAGUUCAGCUGGGUUUAUGUGCUUUCCGACAAGGUAAUAUUAGAGAUGCUCAUAAUGCUCUUGUUGAUAUACAGUCUAGUAACAGAGCUAAAGAACUGCUUGCUCAGGGUCUGUUACCAAAUCGUCAAAAUGAAAGAACACCCGAACAAGAGAAAAUAGAGAAGAGGAGGUUAUUUCCCUAUCAUAUGCACAUUAACUUAGAGUUAUUGGAAUGUGUAUACCUUGUAUCAGCCAUGUUAUUAGAAAUACCAUUUAUGGCAGCUCAUGAAAUGGAUGUAAGACGUCGAAUGAUUAGUAAAAACUUUCAUCAUGUGAUGAAGAUGAGUGAAAGACAGACUUUGAUUGGUCCACCAGAAAGUAUGAGAGAACAUGUGGUAGCUGCCUCAAAAUCUAUGAAAACCGGAGACUGGAAAGCCUGUAAAAACUUCAUAAUUAAUGAUAAAAUGAAUGCCAAGGUGUGGGAUUUAUUUUUUCAACCAGAUAAAGUGAGAGAUAUGAUCACAGUGAAAAUACAAGAAGAAUCAUUACGUACCUAUCUAUUUACCUAUAGUAAUGUGUAUGAUACACUUAGUUUGCAUACUUUAGCGGAAAUGUUUGAGUUAGAUAUGAGUGUUGUUCACAGAAUCAUCAGUAAAAUGAUUAUAAAUGAAGAACUUAUGGCUUCUCUGGCAGAACCAACUCAAACUGUCAUCAUGCAUCGUACUGAACCAAGUCGCCUACAGUCCCUUGCUUUACAGUUAUCUGAUAAAUUCCUUACCCUGGUUGAGAAUAAUGAACGUAUUUUAGAAGUGAAGCAAGGAAUUUAUCCCUUCCAGAAUAAACGUGACAGAAAUGAUCGACAGCCUGGAACCAGUGCCGCUUUCCAACAUCACACACAAGAGAUGGCUUAACUUGGUGAAGGAUAUGGUCCCCCAACAUCAAAAAAUGUUACAAAUAAUCAACAUUGGAAUCGUAGAAAUAACAAGAAUUAUUCCAGAGAAUCACGCAACUACUAAAAGAUUAAAUAAUAUCUCAUAUUACAUUUCUGAAAUUAGUGCUGUAUUAUAACAAUUCAAUAAGAGUAUUUCUCGAAGUGUAUAAAUUUUAUAUUUAGGUUGUUACUUUCUAGUUUAUUGGUAUAACUGCAAGUUUGGUGUUACAGAUUUGUGAAUAUUGUAUUAACAUGGAUAUUGUACAUUUUGUCUAUAGCAAGUCCUGUGGAUCAAUAGGUAAACUGGAAUUAAUGUACCUCAGUAAAUGUAACCUUCAGUAUUUAUUUAGGCUAUUCCCAUCAAAAUAAUUGGAUUUAAUCUUAGAUCAUUUUAAAAAUGUAUUUAUACUACUAUAAAUUCUCUGUAAAAAAGAAAUAAAAUUUAACAUACCUUU